CCUUCUAGACUCAGGAAACAGGAGGCUGUAGAAGCUACUACUUACCAUGUGGGGCCCCGUGUUUCCCGCCGUGAUUCUAGGAGGAGUCGUCUUCUACGUAGCUAAGCGGCUAGCUCGUCCGCGAAAGGCGCUGAGUCUGGAAUGGGAGGCCGGCAGGCGCAAGGCACGGCAGCCGCACAAGAAGCCUCCUUCGUUCUACGCGGCACACGGCGUGGCGUCCAGUGAGGAGUACUUCAUCAACUCGCGCGGGGUAGAGCUGUUCACCAAGGAAUGGCUGCCCAGUGAUGGGCGGUUGAGAGGAGUGGUGCUGUUCUGCCAUGGGUACGGGGAGACGUGCACGUACAUCUUCGAAGACGUGGCGGUGAUGCUGGCAGCAGCAGGCUACGCCUUAGUAGGUGUGGACUAUGAGGGGCACGGGCUCUCAGCUGGUCGCCACGGGUACAUCCCCAGCUUCACUCGCUUGGCAGAUGACGUGAUCGAGUUUGCCAACCGGCUGCGAGCCAAUCCCAGGUUCUCUCACCUGCCGUUUUUCCUCUAUGGCGAGUCUCUGGGAGGGGCCAUGGCGAUUCAAGUUUCCAGGAGGGACCCCACUCCCUGGAACGGAGCAGUUUUGGUUGCGCCCAUGUGUAAGAUUUCCAAGGAGCUCACCCCCCCUGCGCCUGUCAUCUUCGUCCUCACCUGCCUCUCAUACAUCUUCCCCACCUGGAAGCUCGUGCCUGUCAGCGCCAACCCUGAGAACUGCUUUCAGGUGCCUGAGAAGCGGGAGAGGGCCGAGAACCACCCCUUUGCAUACCAGGACAAGCCCCGCCUAGGCACAGCGCUGCAGCUACUGUGGACCACUCAGGACAUCGGCGGCCACAUGGAAGAGGUAACCGUGCCUCUCCUAAUCCUGCACGGGGCCAAGGACGUGGUCACGGACCCAGCAGCCAGCCAGGAGCUGUUCAUACGAUCAGCGAGUGCCGACAAAGAGAUCAAGAUGUACGAGGGGUGCUGGCAUGCGCUCACGUGCGGCGAACCUGACGAUGUCAUCGCCAGAGUGGUUGGGGAUAUUAUUGACUGGCUGAAUGCCAGGAGCUUGCCGCCCGGCGCUGCGCCGGCCGGUAUUGUGCUGCCCGGGUUGGUGAAGGAGCCGCCUACUGCUGAUGAGAUGUCGAGCACUGUUACGAGUUGAGAGCGGAAACAAUGCGAGCCCGGUGCUGUGCCAGCCAGUUCUGUGCCGCCCGAGCUGGUGAAGGCGGGCGGCGGAGUGGAGGCGGGGGAUACUGCCGAUGAGCUGUCGAGCACACUAGUUGAGCGGUAACCAGGUGUUUAGAUGGUAGAAUAAGCAGCUGUAACAACCACAGCUGCACAGCUUGUGAACAAUUAAGGUGCCUCUUUAGUAUAGUUAAUUGGUGUGUAUGAUAUGAAGUCAUUAGAACAUGUGUAUACCAAACCUAUGACUAUCUCAUACGCUAUUCGUUCUC